AUUUAAGUCGUGUGUGAAUCACAUGUUUGUGACAUUUGUUUUGAAUUUUAAUAUAAAUUAAUUGUUUAAUCAAUUGAUUGUUUUAUUGAAUGAAUUUAACGCAAGACUUUGAAGAGUACGAUGAAGUGGACACCAGUGAUGACGACUGCGGCGGACAAUUAGAUCGUAUACUUGUACCGAAACUGCCGGUCGCACAGUUCGACGACUACGAUCCGAAUCGGCCGCCGGUUACCGGCGCGGAAUAUCUUAGACGGGUUCAAUUAGAAGCACAAAAGUGUCCCGAAGUAGUCGUAGCGGACAUGGAUUUAAGUCGGUUUAAAUCUAAUCAAACUCUUGUCUAUGAAGACACAAACGGUUUUAUUCGUCUCAAACCAGAACUGAUACCACCGGUCGACUGGCAGAGAGAACAGGUGUCUGAGUUUAGUCACGUCAGGACAAGACUUGCAAAGGAAAGAGAGCACAGACUGUCCACGGGUUCAGUGGUCACACAAUCCGUACCUCACAAUCGACCGAUGAAUUGGUGGCGCGAGUUCUGUAUCGGCAAAACAAGUGACAACAACUCGAGUGAUGACUCGAGCGAUGAGUCCAUUUGUGAUGACAAGUCGGACGUUUCGACGACGACCGACGGCACACCUAAUAGUAGUUCACAAUUAAAGCGAACUAAACGUCAAAAACCUGAACCCAAUGUUCCACUAUUGAGUACAUUGUGUGGACUCACUCAGGAUGAAGUGGUACGAGUGUUGAGUUAUCACAUCCAAUGGAUUCGUCAGUUCAAAUUUACACAACAUAUGGGUCUAUGGAUCUACUCAUUGCUUGUCUGUCUCGACAAACCACUUCCAGCCGAUGUUUACUCUACUUUACGUGACUUAAGUCGUGUAUGCAGUGAAUGCCGACAACGGUGUCGAUCGACUUCGGAUGACUGCACUGAGUGGUGGGCUUUGAAUCUAAUUAUUUGUUUAAUCGGUGGCUAUUUUGAUCAAACAGAUAUGUGUGAUCAGUGACA